UAUAAAUACACGUUAUCCUCAUCUAUAACCAUCGUAAUAAGCAGACCCAGAACCAUUUUCCCUUCCCCCUUCCCAAUUUAGCCUCGAGACUUUCAAAUUCUCUGUUCUCUUUGAAGUUUGGCUAUGGAGGAUUUCAGAUCCAAAUCUUGCAGAGAAGGCAGAAUGCAGAUUGAAAGCUACUAUGAGAACAAGGCUGCCCCAACAAACAUGCAAGAUCUGAGGUCUUACAGUGUCAGCUAUGCAGGUUCUGUGCAGCAGCAGCAGCAGCAGCAGCAGCAAAAUCAACCAGACAAAGAGAUGAAAAUGAAGAAACCCAAAAGCAAUAUGGGGUCAACUUCUAAAAGCUGGAGUUUCAAGGAUCCAGAACUGCAGAGGAAGACAAGGGUUGCUGGAUAUAAGGUUUAUGCAGUGGAAGGGAAGAUGAAAGGGUCUCUGAGAAAGAGUUUCAGGUGGAUUAAGAACACUUACACUCAUGUAAUCUAUGGAUGGAGGUGAUAUCAACAGUCAUUUUGUUGUGUGAGUUCUUGUUUUGGAUCUUUAAUUUCCUGAAUAUGUAACUAUAUGAUGAAUCGAUUGGCUGUUCCUUAAGUUCGUAAAGAAAUGAAAGUUUGAGUCUAUGUUAUCAGUGGGCUCGAUUUGCUCUGUUUUUUUA